AUGCAGGAAAACGGGGAGCUGCAUCCAGCGCAGGUGCUACCGAGUGGCCACGACGUCGGAUCAAGCCACUAUGCAGGCGGUAUGCCACCUCACAAGCGCAUGCGCAAGCCUAUUGUGCGUAAGAGCGUCGAUCCUAAUGCUACUUUCAUUAACUACGUGACGCAGCGACGCUUUGUCAUGGCGCGCAGUGUGCGCUCGAUCGUGUUACCGCCACACUCGUAUUAUAAGAAAAAAAUGCUGCCACCUUUAGCUUAUCCAGGUGAUGACGAUCUUGCAUCUUGUGUGUGUACCAAAUUUUGUCGUUGUUCAACAAACAAGCAACGUUGUCCCGUCAACUGCCUCACUUGGACACCAGAGGGCCGUAGGCUUAUCACGGGCAACUCGGUUGGCGAAUUUACACUUUGGAAUGGCCUUGCAUUUAACUUUGAGACUAUACUCCAAGCUCACGACGAUGCUGUGCGAGCCAUGGUGUGGUCUCACAAUGAUAAUUGGCUGGUCACGGCCGAUCACGGUGGAGUGAUCAAGUACUGGCAAUCGAGUAUGACUAAUGUGCAGCUGUUGCAAGGACAUCGUGAAGCUGUGCGCUCGCUUAGUUUCUCGCCAACGGAUUUUAAAUUCGUUUCGUGUUCAGAUGAUGCGACAGUGAAGAUCUGGGAUUUUGAAAGUUGCCGCGAGGAACGUGUACUGACUGGACACGGUUGGGACGUCAAGUGUGUGGCUUACCACCCACAGAAAUGUCUUUUGGCUAGUGGAAGUAAGGACAAUUUGGUCAAGAUUUGGGAUCCAAAAUCAGGGAAUAGUCUUAACACAUUACAUGGACACAAGAACACUGUGUUCAAAGUGGCGUGGAACGCAAACGGCAAUUGGUUACUUACAGCUAGUCGUGACCAGUUAAUCAAGAUCUAUGAUAUUCGGAUGCUCAAGGAAUUCGCUACGCUGAAAGGCCAUGCACGCGAGGUCACGUCGAUCGCAUGGCAUCCGUGGUAUGAGCGUCUCUUUGUUAGUGGCUCAUAUGAUGGAUCACUUAUGUACUGGGAAGUCGGAAAGGAGACUGCACUCGCUUCUAUUCCACAGGCUCACGACACUGCUGUGUGGGAUAUUCAAUGGCAUCCCGUAGGUCAUGUCGUUGCGACUGGAAGUAAUGAUCACAGUACCAAGUUCUGGUGUCGCAAUCGGCCGGGAGACCCGAUGGACGACAAAUACAAUGGUGGUCAGAAUGUGCUUAACGAGCACGAGACUGGCGAAGGAAUAGCGUACAUGCGUGGAGGUGCAGAAGGUGCAGAAGUGCUGCCUGGUAUGGCGGACGGUGCUGCCAGUCUGCGUUCGUGUGCUAUCAAUGCUGCUAACUUUCAGACAUUCAACAAUGCGGCCACGGAUAAUCGUGCAAACGGUGGUCGCCGACCCCCGCCUGAAUCUUACACGUGCAACCGCUGCGGCACUAAGGGUCAUUGGAUCGAGGACUGUCCUACAAAAGACCAGCCAAAUGCUAAUGGACUGAUGCAGCGCAAAACUCCACCUGAAGGAUAUUUGUGCAAGCGCUGCAACGUACCUGGUCACUACAUCUCUGACUGUACUGAGCCCAAGGUGCCUCCUCCAUCGUAUACCUGCCACAAAUGCCGACAAAAAGGUCACUGGAAGCAGGAUUGUCCAAUGGAUGGUAAUGGCGCUAUUACUGCGUUGAUGAACCAAAUUCGUCCACCGGGUGCUCCAAUGAGUUCAAACGUUCCGAUCAUUACGAGCGGAGUAAGUACAGUUCCGCCGGUACAGCUUUCAGGUCUCGGCUUUCCACCACGAGGAAUGAUGUUCCCCCCUCCACCUGCUGGUGCACCUGGACUGCUCGUGCCUCCUCCGCCUCCACCACACAUUCUUGCUGGUAUGAAGCGUGGUUGUGAGGACGAUAUUAAUGGUGGUGGAUCUGGAAUGUUUCCGCCGAAUAUGAAUAGCUGGCCGCCUAUGGUCGGAGGACAAUCAGGUCCAACAACGGGGCCUUCUGGAAGUAAUGACCCGUUUUCUGGGCUUCAGCCUACUCAGCCUGAAGUCAAAAAGGUAAGUCGAGACCCGCGAAGAAGACCAUAA